AUGCGUAUUUGUACAUCCGGUAGCUUCCGCCACACCGGCCAAGGCAUGGUUCUGUGCCGUAAUUACCGUACCGGUAAUCGAUUCAUUCCGGGUCGGUAACAGUUCUUGCCUGCACCACCAUGUCAUCCCAAUCUCCGUCUCAGCCACCUCCCUUCUCCGAUUUCGAGUAUGUAUUUGAUCCUGCUCUCGCAAGUCUAUCCCCUCCUCUACUUCCCAUCCCAUCAUCCGCAGACCUCUUCUCUCCGUCCGAAACAACUGAUCUGCUAGGAUUCCUGGACAACUUUAAUUGGGAUUUCGAAUCAGAUCCCGCUCUCACUGCGCCCUAUCCUGUGCAGCAAAGCGCGCGUGAUCUAGAUAAUUCGGGAGAAAUUAUGUCGCCGAUACUCCCAGAGCGAUCUGAGAUGCCAUCAGAUACUUCGAACGCCAGACCUUCAUCUUCAUCAUCCGCAACUUCGUCUUCUCCCUCGAAACAAGAUUCCACAGGCACGAAGCGCAAGAGAGCUUCUGCAGCCCCGUGUCAGACGGGGAGAGCCAAAGUCCUUCUAUCAACCCCUCAGAAAAGACUCAAUCAUAUCAUGUCAGAGCAAAAGCGUCGUAACGCCAUUCGUGAGGGAUACGCCCAGUUGAUAUCCCUUCUCGCCCCAGCUGGUGCACAGGCUAUUGAUAUGCCUACUAGGGGUAGACCAAAGGGCAGCGGUAGCAGGGGGAAGGGCCACAGCAAAGGCAAGAGCGGGGUCCUCUUUCGAACAGUUGAGUAUUGCCGGUGGCUCGAGGAAGGGAGGGAUGCUUUGAUGGAUGAAGUACUUCGUCUUGAAGCAGCCGCAGGCAUUGUCUACCCGUCUCCGUAGUAACGGGUAUGCACUUUAUUAAGACAACUUUCCGAAACCAAUAUAGAAAAUGCAUUCCCCUUAUUCACUGCCAGUUCAGGGUUACAGAACCCUGGCGGAAGCAUGUCCACAAAUUCCCAUUUUUUUGCUCGAGGCUGCAGCUGUUUAUAUUGUAUAUUGGUCGAAUUUCUCGACGUGAAUUGUAUUGUACCUUUCCAUAAUUCUUAUCAUGCCUUUCGACGUACUGCCACAUAAAUACACACAGUUUCUUUUUUAUUUAGGGACCGCAUAUUGAAUUGCGAUAUUCUGUCUGGCUACUGUGUUGUCCGCUUCCCACCUGCAGGUCGACAUAAAUCAAACACAAACUUGUCUUACAAAAGCCCGUGGUUUCAGAGUACAAUACCAGCGGCGUCAAAGCGCGUGUGUGCCAAGAUCCGCCUUGAUGCCAGCUAGUGUCUACA